AUGUUGCGAAAAGAACCCAAGCUGCCAGUGAAGCAGCUGACCAUACUAGCAAUAUGUCGCUUUGCGGAACCUGUGGUAUAUACAUCGGUUCUACCAUAUCUGCCCGAAAUGAUGGAAAGUGUCGGCGUCCGCAAAAAUGAAAUCGCAAAAUGGGUCGGCAUCUCCUCCGCCGUCGUCGCCAGUUGCCAAUGCAUCAUGGCCGUCCCCUGGGGCACAUUCUCUGACCGCGUUGGACGCAAAUACACGAUCCUUUUGGGCCUCACGUCAACCAUGUUCUUCUCUCUCGUAUUCGGAUUCUCGCGAUCCCUCACCACGCUACUCAUCUCCAGAGCAUUUCUGGGGCUUAUGAAUGGUAACGUCGGCAUUAUUCGGACUAUGGUUGCAGAACUCGUGCGCGAAAAGGAGCUUCAACCUCUUGCGUUUAGUAUGAUGCCUUUGGUCUGGUCGAUUGGGAGUAUUUUUGGUCCUGCGUUUGGAGGUGCCCUGGCCAAUCCGGCUGUUAAGCACCCGGAGAUCUUUGGGAAUUGGGAGAUUUUCAAAAAGUAUCCCUUUGCGUUGCCCAAUAUCCUUUCGGCGAUUUUCUUUGUUGUGGGGAUUACAACGGGGUUUUUGUUUCUUGAGGAAACCUUGGAGAGUCGGAAACAUAAACGUGAUUAUGGGUUGAUUCUUGGUCGAACUUUGACUCAGUCGUGUUCCUCGAAAAGAUCAAAACCUCUCCACGCCCCGGCAGUAAAUGAACAAACGGGUCUUCUCGCCUCGGACGAAGAGAGUACCACUCGCGCAGAAAGCAACGACACAAUAUCGUCAAAAACUACCACAUAUGGUACUAACGACAGCAGUCCAGAUUAUGACAUCGUCGAACCCAAAAAGAACACUCGCAGUAAAUUCAAAACCAUCUUCACCCCGCAGUCAACCCUAACCUUGAUAGUCUAUGGCAUGCUAGCAAUGCACAACAUGGGCUUUGAUUCUCUCUUCCCCGUAUUCCUCCACCACCCUCAACAGGAUCUAGUCAAUAAUCCAGAUGUCGAACUUCCAUUCAAAUUCACCAGUGGAUUCGGCCUUGGCUCCCAAGCAAUAGGCAUCCUCUACACCCUCAACGGCGUAAUCGGCAUGCUUGUACAAUUCAUCUUCUUCCCGUUCUGUGCGCGCCGCUACGGUGUCCUGCGCUGUUUCAGAACAGUCGCAGUAUGCUUCCCAUUCGUCUACUUCAUUACGCCCUUCCUCGUCCUCAUCCCGGAAUCCAUGAGCAUGAGCAUGGUGUAUUUGCUGCUCACGACGAAGAUGAUUCUUGGCAUGUUUGCUUUCCCUUGCACCACCAUCCUACUCACGAAUACGGCAUCCAGCCUCAAGAUUUUGGGGACGUUGAACGGUGUCGGCGUGAGUAUAAGCGCGAUUGGGAGGGCGGUUGGUCCUGCCCUUGUGGGUGAGGCGUUUACAGUGGGCGUAAAGUUGGGCUAUGUGAUUAUGCCGUGGUGGAUUUUGACGGCGCUCACGGUUGUGGCGAUGAUACCGGUUUUUUGGAUUGAGGAGACGGAUGGGUUUGCGCCGGGUGAUGCGGGGGAUGAUGAUGAUGAAUGA